ACCACGGCUUGCCGAAAGGCAAAAAAAUGAUCAGCUCGCCAGCUCGUCUGGCUUUUGCCAUGAUCGGCAGAGCGAGCUCUCGAACGCUUCUAACAAACCAUUCUGUCACAAGUAUCCGUCUAUCGACUACAGCAGCUUUCAAACAUCUUGAUAAACUGAUAAUUGAAACUCCAAAUGAUGCUAUGGAAAUUGCAAGUCGUCUGACUAUCAUUGAACAACAGAUGUUGAAAUCGGCGUUAGACGAUUGUUUGACAAAGAAAGAAGAUGGGAAAGUAGAAGAACUUACUCAAGAGCAAGUAAAAGGAAUAUUUCUAGUCAAUUCUAUUCCUUUUAUUGGAUUCGGUGUUCUUGACAACAUGAUUAUGAUCCUAGCUGGCGAGUAUAUUGAUCAAAAACUCGGGGCCGUUCUAGCUAUAUCAACUAUGGCAGCCGCUGCACUCGGAAAUCUUAUCUCGGAUAUUGCUGGCGUUGGUCUCGCGCAUUAUGUAGAGGUUGCAGUGCAACGAGUUGGAAUUAAACAUCCUGUUUUGACAUCUCAACAAUUGGACAGUGGAAAGGCCAGGUUCACAACGAAUGCUGCAAGAGCAGCUGGUUUAACAGUCGGAUGCUUACUCGGAAUGUUUCCAUUACUUUUCUUCAGCGACGACGAAGACGAUGAAAAAAAGAAGAAAAAAGAAUUGAAAGCAACUAAGCUUGAAUAGAAUUAGAAUUUCUCAUUGUAAAUAUUUAACUUUUGUUCAAAAUACCUAAAUGUUUCUGUAUAUUGCAUAAUCUUGUCCCUCUGCCAAUACUAGUCAAUCAUUUCUAUUUCCCUGUAUGCCAUUUGCAUUUAAAAAUUCCCUGUUAUUUGCUCAAACUUCAAUGUGCUUUACUCUAUUUUAUUCUUUAGUAUAAAACUAUCAGAACUG